UUUUGUGGGAGACGACGCGCAGUUGGUGAUUUACUUGUGACUUGUGAAGUAUAACUUUAGGCUUGAACUCACCUGCCCCACCGACCCGCCCACCCAUUCGUCUCGCACUGCACUGUCUGUCUGUCUCACUCAUUCCUCAGCCCUCUUCCUCUCCAACCUGCGAAGUGCCACCAGCCUAUCACUAGCCUAUUUUCUUAGCUCUAAGUACCCACUUGCUCCGCCCUGUCCUCUCCUACCCCCUCUCUGCGUUGCUUGUUCGCUGCACAGCUUGCAUUCCGCUGCCUGCACGCAUGCGCUGCUGCCUGCCCGAGUGGCGAGUGCCUGGCCUCGGUAUUUUGCGGCGCCACUGCCUUGCUGCGAUCCUGCCUCUGCCGCCAGCGGUCCCCUGCCUCUGACUUCCUGCUUCAGACACCAGCCUCCUUGAUCCAGUGUUUCCCUGCCUCUGCCUCCCCAGCUGUCUCAGCCUUUGAGCAAUCAACACAGAGAAACAGCAAUGAGUGAUUCAAGGGAUAGCUCCCCAGAUUGGUUGCGUUCUUUUCAGGUGCCAUCGUAUUCGCCAUUGAUACUGUCAUCUGAUUCCAAGUCCUUACAUGAUGAUAGCCUGUCAAUUGGAGAUGAGACUGAUGCUGAAGGAUCAUCUCUGGAGAUCAGCAAGAGUAAGAGUAAGAGUAAGAGUAAGAGUAAGAGCAGGAGCACUGGUCUUGGCAAAAGCCGUUACAAGUCUUCACCUAGAAAGACAUUAGAAGUAGCUGCUAUUGAAAUAGAAGGUUGUACUACGUCAUCUAGAAGAAAGAAAUCAGAGAAGCAAAAUGCAGAAGGAGACAUAGAGGAAAGGAAGAUUGGCAUUGAUUCAAACAAUGACAUGCAUGUCGAGCAUAAAGAAUCUGUUUAUCGAAUUUUGAAUCUAUCAUUGGAUUCUGAGUCGUGCCUUGAUCAUAGCCCCAAAAAAGAAAUUCGUAACAAUCAGGUGGAAGCUUCUCAGCAACAAAUACCUCAAUUGAUUAGUGAAGAAGCUAAGGAUAAAAUUAUCCUUGGCAAUGAUGGAAAGUCUCCAUCCAGAAAGGGUUCAAAAGGAAAGUCUUCUCAGAAACCAAUUCAUGUAGAAGAAGAUCAUUCACCAGUGAAAGGGAAGAAAACAAAGGGCAGUGCAAAGGAGAGAGGUAGUGGUGGAGAUCUGGAGGCUGAGGAGGAAGAAACUUGUGAAAAGCUCAUUGAGACAAAUGUCUCCUCUUCAAGGCUACCUUUGGUGCUUUCUGAGAAAGUUCAACGAACAAAGGCUCUUGUUGAGUGCCAAGGUGACUCCAUAGAUCUCAGUGGUGAUGUGGGAGCUGUAGGCCGGGUUAUAAUUUCAGAUUCUGCAUCCAGAGAUCAGGAAAUGCACUUAGACUUGAAAGGAACUAUAUACAAAACAUCUAUAGUUCCUUGCCGGACAUUUUGCGUAGUUAGCUUUGGACAGUCUGAGGCAAAGAUAGAGGCCAUUAUGAAUGACUUCAUACAGCUGGAGCCACAAUCUAAUGUAUAUGAAGCUGAAACUAUGGUUGAAGGGACACUGGAUGGUUUUGCCUUCGAUUCAGAUGAGGAAGCUGGCAAGAUGCCGAAGGCCACCCAAACUGAUCAAAAUGAGCAUGCUGAGGAACAAACUCACAGUAAAUCCAAAGGGAAGGGUGACAAGAAAACAGGUGCUGAAAAGAAAAGAGGUAGAAGUACUGGAGGAAAACCACAACCUAAGACAGUAAAGAAAAAAGCUCCAAAAAAAGCUCCAAAUUCUAAGAAGGCAAAGACGAAGAAUUGAGUCGAAGAAGUGUUCCAUUGUAUAUGUUGUAAACUUAUACUCAAUCCUUGGGUUAAAAGUACUAGUUGAUGAAAUACUUUGCCCAUGUCAGAGAUAAUAACAUUACAGCAGCUGCCAUUGGAGUUCUUAUCAACAAAUCCACCCCAGAAGAAUUGGAUACUUUUAUGAUUGGUGAAUGAGUUCUUAUCAAAUCCUUCUUACAUGUUCCUGUUUCCAUAAUACUCACAUUGCAGUUUCUUUUCCACUGAAUUAUUAUUUGUUAUCUCUGCUUUUAGUUGACUUGUAUUAGCUGGCUAAUAUAAUUUUUGAAAUAUUACUUUGUUAACUAAAUUUCUGCCAAACAUGGGAGAAUGAAUUUCAGGAUUCUAAUUUUCCUGAUUACAUUGAC